AUGGCCUUCCUGAACGAGGAUAGCCACACACCCGACCUUCCCGAGAUAGGCUCACUUCAGCUGUCCGAGUCGCCCACCGACAGCCUAGAUGCGGCAGACGACAGUUGGGUGUAUCCUGUGCCACUCUCCCACUCCAACGAGCUAUGGAGCUGCACCUAUUCUCACGAAGCAGUGAUUGCUGCGUUCAAAGACUACUAUGCAUUCUUGACACGAAUGUACCUUGACGAGGACGAUGUUAUUACACCACCGGUGUCCGGGUGGCCCGAUAUCACGGCAGACGUAUUGAAGGAUUUGGGGAAAGCCGAUGAAGUUGUGGCCUCGCCUCGCAGCAUCCCCUACACAUAG